AUGAAGAAUGCAGAUGAAGACGGCCGACGCGUCGCCCCGUUUCGCAUGGUCAUCUCGGACCUUGAUGGAACGUUGCUGGGCGAUGAGGACUCUGGCUGUCAGAUCAGCAAGGGGACCAAGGAGGUCUUAAACCAGGUCAUCAGCGAUUCCUGCCCCCUGGUUUUGGCCACAGCUCGCGGCCUGAACGAGCUGCCGUGCCUGGAUGGCCUACCGGGCCCACUGUUCCUGGUCAUCUAUGGGGGCGCAGUGUGCCUCAAGAGGUGCGCUGAUGGGUUCCAGGAAGUCUUUGCACCGCAAGGGCUGUCGAAGACGCAAGCCUCCGCAGCUGUGCAGGCUGCUGAGGAGGAGGGCACUACAGUGUGGUUGUUUCAGUGUGGUAAGAUCCAUGUGAAGGUCGGACGCACAGGGGUCAAAGAGUCCGACGAGUGGAUGAGGCAACACGCGGACCCCGACAGCUUGUUUGCUCAUGACAGCUUGCAGAAUAUUAUUGAGGAGGACCGCACGCUCGAGGUUUGUUCGGUGGCGUCGGCUGAUCCAGAGGGCAUGGCUCGAAACUUAGCCAAAAGGCUUCAGCAGGCCUGUGUUGAGCUGGAAGUCUUACCCCUUCCUCCGAGCACCACGGUCUCCAUGAAGUCUCUUGGGAUAAACAAGGGCUUCACCAUUCAGAGGCUUUGCGACCACCUCGUGCGGAAGAUGUCCUGGCUUUCGGUGAUGGGGUCAACGACGUUGAUAUGUUCCAAAUCGCGGGCUGCGGCAUCGCCAUGGCCAAUGCAAGCGCUGCACUGA